GAAACUUCACUGACUUGGGGUUGACGAUCAGACGCAUAACCUGCAUUAUCUCCUUUCCUUUUGUGAGGAAACUUCUGCUUCUUCUUCUGCUUCUGCUUCUGCAUCUCUGGUGGAAAGAUCACUGAAAAUCUAUGGGUAAGACAAUUCAGGUAAAUGGGUUCCCUCGUGGGGUGUAUGCAGAAACAGUGAAGGCAUUUUUGGAGAGAUAUACUGGUGAGAGAACCGUUUAUGCUAUUAAAAUUAGACAGGGAAAAAAUGAGGGUCGAUUCGCAUUUGCUAUUGUGCAAUUUCAAACGGCAAGGGAUGCUGAAUUGAUCUUAAGCAUGACCAAUCAAAAAAGGCUAUGGUAUGCAACUUCAUAUCUCAAGGCUUGGGUGAUGGAAACAGAUAUUGUCCCAAAGCCAAGAAUCUUUCUACAUACCAUGGAAAAUGUGACACUGCAUUUUGGUUGUCAGCUGUCAAAUGAAAAAUUUUGCCAUCUCUGGAAAUUCAGGAAUGUUACUGUAAAAUUUGGGAUUGGGAUGCGAAAACUACAGUUUUUUCUGUUAGACCUGGAUUACAGGCUUGAGCUCUCUUAUGAGAAUGUCUGGCAGAUUGAGCUUCAUUGUCCACGAGGGCAAACUGCAAAGUAUCUUUUGAUUCAGUUGAUAGAGUGGGAUAGUGGAACAGAGAUUUUUCCUUUUGGGUUCCAUUUCCUGUCACACCUUCUAUCACCCUGGACUGGGAAUAAGUUAAGGGUGUUAUUGUUAUCCCUUCCCCCUUCUCUCUGUUUCUGGAGGUUUAGGCAUGCUUUUGCAUUCAUGAAUUUACUUGGUGCUCCUAAGAUCUUUGAGAAAGACGUACGCUCUUCUGGAUCUGUUUUUGAAGAUCCCUUAUUCAACUUCUUCAGGGAUGUGCCUGAUGAUCAGUGGGUCAGGACAACUGAUUUCACUCAAUCAAGUUGUAUUGGUCAGUCAUCUGCAAUAUGUUUGGAGCUUUCUUCCAGACUCAAACUUCCAAAUUUCAGGGAAAACUUUUCUUUUUACAAAGAAAGUGAAGGAAGGUUUAUAUUGGAACAUGGUUCUGCAUAUUCUUGCAAUCACAAUCUAGUCCCUGUUGUUGGUCCUCCCCAAGGGGCUAACUUGCCAUUUGAUAUGUUGUUUAGGGUUAAUUUAUUGGUCCAAAAUGGGUGUCUUCCAGGGCCAGUGUUGGAUGCCGAUUUCUACCGAUUGGUAGAUCCAUGUAGAAUAACAAAGGCCUAUAUAGAGCAUGCCUUGGAAAAACUUAUUCAUCUGAAAGAAUGCUGCUAUGAGCCUUCAAGAUGGCUUUCUGAGCAGUACCGAAAGUACAUAUCUGCUAAAAGGCAUCCAAACUCUCCUGCUAUAUCCUUAGGUGAUGGUUUGGUGUAUGUUCGGAGGGUUCAGAUAACACCUUCUAAGGUGUAUUUUUGUGGUCCUGAGGUUAAUGUGUCAAAUCGUGUGCUGCGCAAUUACAGUGAUGAUAUUGAUAAUUUUCUUCGCAUUACUUUUCUUGAUGAGGACUUGGACAAAAUUCAUUCAACAGAUCUAUCUCCACGUACUUCUACAAAUGGAGAUAGGAGAACAGAAAUUUAUAAAAGAAUUCUUUCUAUCCUUCAAAAUUAUGGUAUAGUUAUUGGUGACAAGAAGUUUGAGUUUCUUGCCUUCUCAUCAAGUCAAUUACGGGAAAAUUCAGCAUGGAUGUUUGCUUCAAGAGAUGGGCUCACUGCGGCAGAUAUAAGGGCGUGGAUGGGAAAUUUUUGCCAAAUAAGAAAUGUGGCUAAAUAUGCUGCUCGACUUGGUCAAUCCUUCAGUUCAUCAACUGAAACUCUCAGUGUUGGUGAAGAUGAAAUUGAAAUUAUUCCUGAUGUAAAAAUUGAAAGGGAUGGAAUUAAUUAUGUCUUCUCUGACGGAAUUGGGAAAAUAUCACCUGACUUUGCUAAAAGAGUGGCUGUAAAGUGUCACUUGAAGAGUCCCAUUCCUUCUGCCUUUCAGAUUCGGAUUGGUGGAUACAAAGGUGUUGUGGCUGUUGACCCAACCUCAUCAAAGAAAUUAUCCCUGAGAAAGAGUAUGUCAAAGUUUGAAUCAAAGAACAGAAAGCUGGAUGUUUUGGCUUGGAGCAAAUAUCAGCCUUGUUUUCUGAAUCGCCAAUUGAUUACUCUUUUGUCUACCCUCGGAGUUCCAGACUAUGUGUUUGAGGAAAAGCAAAGAGAAGCCAUAGAGCAACUGGAUGCUAUCCUAACGGAUCCCUUAAGGGCACAGGAAGCUCUGGAGUUGAUGUCCCCUGGGGAGAAUACUAACAUACUCAAGGAGAUGCUCAUAUGUGGUUACAAGCCUGAUGCUGAACCCUUCCUUUCAAUGAUGUUGCAAACAUUUCGAGCAACAAAGUUGCAAGAUUUGCGGACAAAAACAAGGAUAUUUAUUCAAAAUGGAAGGUCAAUGAUGGGAUGUCUAGAUGAAACUGGAACCUUGAACUAUGGUCAGGUGUUUGUGCAGUUUUCCAAUUCUGGAUAUGGACGUUCUUAUGGUGGCUCCGGAUUAGAUCCGUCUGUUGUUGAGGGUAGAGUAGUUGUUGCAAAGAACCCCUGCUUGCACCCAGGUGAUGUGCGUGUCUUGAGGGCUGUCAAUGUCCCUGCUUUGCGCCAUAUGGUAGAUUGUGUUGUCUUUCCACAAAAAGGAAAGAGGCCCCACCCAAAUGAAUGUUCAGGAAGUGACUUGGAUGGAGAUAUAUACUUUGUCUGUUGGGACCCAGAAAUGAUACCACAUUCCCCAAUUGAUCCCAUGGAUUAUUCUCCAGCAAGAACUCAGGAGUUGGAUCAUGAUGUUACAAUUGAGGAAGUGGAGGAGUAUUUUGCGAACUAUAUUGUCAAUGACAGUCUGGGAAUUAUUGCUAAUGCUCAUACUGUCUUUGCUGACAAAGAGAGAGCUAAAGCAAUGAGUAAACCCUGUAUUGAGCUUGCAAAGCUGUUUUCAAUUGCAGUUGACUUUCCUAAGACUGGUGUACCAGCUGAAAUACCAUCUAAUCUUUAUGUCAAAGAGUAUCCAGACUUCAUGGAGAAGCCAGACAAACCAACUUAUGAGUCACGUAAUGUUAUUGGAAAGCUUUUCCGAGAGGUUAAAGAUCUGUCACCCCCUGCAUUCUCUAUCAAGUCUUUCACUCAGCAACAAGCAAAUCGUUGUUAUGAUCCUGACAUGGAAGUUGAAGGCUUUGAGGAUUAUAUUGAUGAUGCUUUCUAUUACAAAAACAGUUACGAUUACAAGUUGGGAAAUUUGAUGGACUAUUACGGGAUCAAAACUGAGGCUGAAAUACUAAGUGGGAGUAUCAUGAGAAUGUCCAAGUCUUUCACUAAAAGAAGGGAUGCAGAAGCAAUUGGCAAGGCAGUACAGUCAUUGAGGAAGGAAGCUAGGUCAUGGUUUAAUGAAAAGGGAAGUGGCGAGGAUUUUGAUACAGAUGAAUAUGCAAAAGCCUCUGCCUGGUACCAUGUCACGUAUCAUCAAAGUUAUUGGGGUCAAUACAAUGACGGAAUGGAUAGGGACCACUUUCUCAGCUUUCCGUGGUGUGUUUAUGAUAAGUUGAUUCAAAUAAAAGAGAAGGCAAAUGGGAGAAGAGCUCGAGGCCAGUCGUCUUUGGAACUUCAUUUCAGUCGCGUGCAUUUACGUUGAUAGAUUUUGCGUGUGUUAUGUCUAAAGAAUGUAAUAUAAGUUGUGGCGUGGCAUCCCCGGAACUUCAUUUUAGUCGUGUGCAUUUGCGUUGGUAGAUUUUGUUUGUGUUAUGUCUAAAGAAUGUAAGAUAAGCUGUGGCAUGGCAUCUCUGGUAGAUUUUGUUUGAGGGCAACGGUUUGAGUCGGGCGGCUCAUGAUUAAAAUGUUAAAAAAAAU